AAGUCGACAAAGACGACAAAGUCAACGAAGACGUCUAAAACCACGAAACCGACGACUACGACAGUAUCAACAAAAGCGAACAAGAAAACCACAACAGAGAAGAAAAAACAAAAGUCGACAACCAAGAAGAAUUCAAAGAAGAAAACGGAUGGGAAGAAUGGCAGAUCUGUCGAUAGUACAGGCUUGUGACUCCACAACGGAGUUCUGCCUCUGUGACCUCCAAGCGACCUCCAACCACAUCGUCGACGUUCGCAGGACCCUACCCCGGAGGGACUUCGAGCACUACGUCAGGAACAUCACAUGUUACAGGUACAAAAAACCUCCAGAUUAUUUUUUUAUAGAGCCUUGGAAGAAGGUUCGUAGACGCAACGACUUGAGAAUCAGCGAGCAGGAUAGCCAAUCAAUAAAAAGCAUCAAAUGGGAUUGGAUUCGAAACAAAAGAUCAUUGCUUUCAACUGACAACAUAGAUGAUGAUGAAUUAGGAAUUGUCGAUGAUGCAUAUGAUGACACUGAUUCAGCGAAUGAUUUUAAAGCAAAAGACGGUUUCAAUGUUAUCAAGCUGGUAGGGGACACAGGUGAUGGUGAUGGAGAUGAGAGUUCUUUCGAAAGACUUUACAAAGGGGAGGAUAAUGUUUAUAGAAAGAAAAAGAAGAAGAGGCGGAAAAGAACUGUAGAAGACAUGAAGGAGCUCAUCUUGGGGUUGAAGAAUCUGCCACCGCUCAAGCCGGUUUUGAACCAAGUGUUCGUGAUGUUAGGUGACAGUGUGACUUUAGACUGCGUGCCACCAUUAUCGCACAUACGCCAGCGCGCCGACCCAGAGGUCGAGUGGAGUACGGACCGGAUUGGCAUGAUGAAGUAUGACAACGUCGUGGUGAAGGGCUCCAGUGUGGUCCUCAGGAAGGUGGAGACGAGAAAUGUUGGGAACUACACCUGCAGCCAUGAGCGGUAUAUCUACCGAGUGGUCCAGCUGACGGUGUUGGCGCUGCCCCAGUUCAGAGUUGUCUUCAUUCCUAUGUACAGCUCCGAAAGUGGCUGCACUUAUGACGAUCUAAGAGCGUUGCAGCAGUUGGGUCAAGUGAUGUCCGAGGAGGGUUGGGUGUGUGGUCACGAUACUGCGAGGAUUGACGAGCCCAUCUGUUUGGAGGAUAAGGAUGACGCAAGUAUCCACCUGCGUGCCACCGCCAUACUGACCGUCUGCCCACCCCCCGAGGUGCGCUGUAGCGCGCAGUGUCGCCGAGAUCUUCAAUGUGCUCUUGCGCUGCUCUGCGCUUCUAAUGCUCCCGCAUUGUCUUCUGUUAAAGUGCUGCUGUCCAGAAACGGUCUGAACAUGACCCUGACUCCCUCGAUGAAGGCAGACAGGAAGAUGAUUGUAACUCAUACACUCCGGAAGAAAGACCUACAGGGCCACACGGAGUAUCACCGCCUCGCAGCCAGCAUGGCCCCAGGAAACCUGGACAUUGUGCUCUCCUGCCCUGCAGGAUACUAUCUCAUGCCGAAGGACAAGAUUUGUGCGGCGUGCCCCUGUGACACGUUCGCGGGCGCCGGCGACAACGCGUGCUACCCGUGCCCGGCCGGCAUGAGCGCGGAGCCGGGGGCGGAGCGCUGUCGGCUGUCGCUGCGCCGCAUGCGCAGGUACGAUUGGUGGUUCUACCCGCCCUGUGGGUACGCGGUGGCUGGUGGUGGGCUGGUGCUGGCUAGCGUGGUGUGCGCAAUAUGUGCGUUGUUGGCGCACGUGACGUCACGCUCGACGCGCGCGCCCGCGGCCGCCACGUCAGUCGCACGCGUCGAGAGCCGCUGGACUUGGAGCAAGAAGACUGCUGCGAAGAAAUGCAGCAGCACAUCAGCAGCCGGUGCGCGUGGUAAACCGCUGUCACCAUCAGCUGUCAUCCUCGCCAGGUUCUUCAAGGGAUCGCCGGCGUCCUCAUCCAGGGUCACUGGUAAGGUCCAUGAGUGA